AGGAGCAAAGAAAAAGCCCUUCGGCUUUAUCCUCUCCUCCUCCCUUUCCCCCCCUCUCUCUCUCUCUCUCUCCUUCUGUCCUCAAUCAAAGCUACGGAGACCGAAAUGUUCAAACCAACGGCGGCGGCGGACUUUGCUGACGAGCUCUUUCUACUGGAUUUCUCCGACGAGAAGGGGUCUACAAACCCUAACCCUAGCCGCCGCCGAGCGGCGCAUUUCUUCCAAGAAAUCCUGGACGCCGACGUCGAUGGACUGCACGGUUUAGCGGCGCAGGAAGGAAAAAACGAGGAGGAAGAAGAGGAGCUUGAGUGGCUUGCGAAUAAAGACGUUUUCCCGGCGCUAGAAACCUCUUUCGACCUCUCGGCCCAAUCAUUUAGCAGCAGCUCCGCCGCCUCCGGCGAUCGCCGGAGCCCUGUUUCCGUCCUAGCUUCUGCGCUUCCCUUUCGAGCUCCGGCAAAGUUACGAACCAAGGGGCAGCGCCGGCGGCGCAAGACGCUACCUUGUUUCAUCCCUCCGCCGCCGGCAGCCCAUCCGGCGGCCUCGGCUGGGAAGAGGAAGUGUCGGCACUGCGAGUCAGAGGAGACGCCGCAGUGGAGAGCCGGGCCCGAGGGGCCAAAGACUCUCUGCAACGCGUGCGGUGUACGGUUCAAAUCCGGUCGGCUCGUUCCGGAGUACCGGCCGGCGAACAGCCCGACCUUCACGGCCUCGGUUCACUCGAACUCCCAUCGACGGAUUGUUGAGAUGCGUCGGCAAAAAUACGGGGCGGCUGCCUCCUCCGCCGCCGGCGGGCAUGGCCGCGGGCGCCGGAGCUUAAUCGCUGGUUUGGCCGUAAUGUAAUAUUCCAUUUCACCGGUGCUUUUUUGAAAAGUUCCCUUUUUUUUUCGAUUUUAGGUCGCAGAAGUAGAGAGAAAUAGGAGAAAAUAUUUCUUCAUUGAAUGGCGUCCACAACUCCCACAUGAGAAAGUUUGGUUUGCUUGGUUCUCUGCCCCAAUAUGACAGUGACACAAUCAAAUUUAUUUUCAUUUUGUGCUC